UUCUACUCUUGCUGCAAACAAGUACAGUGCUUUACAGGAUAUUUGGACUUUGGAGAAAGCAAAAGCAACAUGAAUGUGGAGUUUGUGCAGACUGGCUAUGGCAAGAAUAUGGUCAAGGUGCUAUAUCUAAGAAGAGAUGGGAGCCACCACUACAUAACUGAGUUGACAGCUAAUGUGGAGCUCACCCUCAAGUCUCACAAGGACUACUUGACUGGGGACAACUCGGACAUCAUACCCACUGACACUGUCAAGAAUACGGUCCAUGCACUGGCUAAACUGAACGGAGUUGUAACCAUAGAGCAGUUUGCCAUGGACAUCAGCAAACAUUUCCUGACAGCUUUCAAACAUGUGACCAGAGCAACUGUAAAAAUUGAGGAGUCCCCAUGGAGGAGGCUAGAGAAGAAUGGUGUCGAACAUGUACAUGCAUUCAUCUACAGCCCUGAAUCCUGGAGGUUCUGUGAAGUCAAACAAAAUCUUAAUGGGAGCCCUGUGCUUUACAGUGGCGUGAAGAACAUGAAGUUGCUGAAGACCACUCAGUCUGGCUUUGAAGGUUUUCUCCGUGACCGUUUCACAACGCUGCAGGAGGCCAAGGACAGGUGUUUCUGUACCUCUGUGUAUGCAAGGUGGCGCUACAACAGGAUCCACAAUGUCAACUUUGAUGGCAUAUGGAAUUCUAUCAAGGAGGCAAUAAUUGAAAAGUUUGCUGGUCCAUACGAUCGUGGAGAAUACUCCCCUUCUGUGCAGAAAACCCUCUAUGACACACAGGUCAUAGUCCUGGAUAGAGUGCCAGAGGUUGAAGAGAUUGAGAUUGUCAUGCCUAACCAACAUUACUUCAACAUCGAUAUGACUAAAAUGGGUCUCACAAACAAUAAUGAAGUUCUUCUGCCAUUGGACAAUCCUUCAGGGAACAUCACUGGCACAGUCCGCAGGAAGCUGCAAGCAAAGCUGUAAAAAUAGCCCAGGAGUCAACUCCAAAACAAUAAGCAACCAGGAAGUACUGUAUCACAGAACAAAACCAUAAUUUCUCUGAAUAACAUACUUCUAUGUUGACAAGAUUGUUCAUGUUCCCAAAUUAUGAGUUUCAAGUGAAUCAGCCCAGAUCAAUGGAAGAUACAAAGCUGUACAGUAAAAUGGGUAGAUUCAAUGGUACUUCAAGGGCUUGUUGCAUUAACAUAUCAAAUUGUAUGUGCAAUUAAAAAUAAUUCACAGAAAAUACCCUU